CUCAUAAGUUACAGCAAUAAAGUCUCAAUCUUUUCUUUUCCUUUCGAUUCGCAUAACCAACCUUUGGAAGCUCAGAAUUCUACCCAACAAAAAAAAAAAAACAUGCUUCUACGAAGCGCGUCGACUCCACUUCUCAACUCGUUAGUUCAUGUCUCGACUCCAAAGGAAACACCGAUCGAGACCGUCGAAUCUGUUCAUCAGAUCCAACGGCUUAGAUCCCUGACGCUCUCUUCACCUUCCUCUUGCUGUUACAGCCCGAUGUCUAUACACUCUAGCGACGAGACCGCGAGGAGGAUGAAGAGAACGGCGUCAGAGAGCGAUCUACGACACCUGACAACGACGACGACGAAGCAGCCGCCGUCGAGUAAGUUCUUGAGCGGUGCUGCUCUGAUGGAGGACGUGGAGGAAGGAAUCGGGUUCGGGAUCAUACGCACGUCUUCUUAUGACGGUGGCUUCGCGUUGAGCUGGGCACUGGAGGAAGAUACUGAGGUUAGUGGCGGCGGCGGUGACGGCGGCGGUGGGAUUGUUCACGGCGGAGGAGGAAAGGGCGGAUCUGAUGGUGACGAUAGCACGGACGUUCACUAUCGGAAGAUGAUUGAAGGCAACCCUGGAAACGGGAUGUUUCUUAGCAAUUACGCAAAGUUCUUGAAAGAGGUUCGAAAAGAUUACUUGAAAGCGGAGGAGUAUUGCGGGAGAGCUAUUCUGGUGAAUCCUAACGAUGGAAAUGUUCUGGCUAUGUACGCGGAGUUGGUGUGGAUGAUUCAUAAGGAUUCUUCUCGUGCUGAGUCUUACUUUAAUCGAGCCGUCGCAGCUGCUCCUGAUGACUGUUAUGUGCAAGCUUCAUAUGCACGAUUUCUUUGGGAUGCUGAGGAGGAAGAAGGUGGAGAGGAGGAGAAGGAAGAGAGACACGAAGAGGAGCGUGUGCCUCAAGCUUCUCGAAUGAGCUUCUUCACUGGUCUUUCUCCAAUUACAGCCAUGUCUUAACUCAGUGGUCUCGGCAUACUGUAGAUUUUGAUAAAUGUGUCUAUGAUCUAUCUAACCCUUUUGUUUAAUAUGAAUUCUUUUUUGUUGCCUUGUUUAUAUGUGUGCUUCUCUGCUUCAGUUUUAGAAUGUGUCUCAGAUGUGGUAAUAAAUAAAAGUUUUGCUUUUCAUGGA